CAACCUUCGAGGCCAUGCAUAUACAACGCACCUUCGCCAUCGCCACAUCCAAGCCCACCCUCUUAGGCUUCAUCAGACACCUCCUAUCAACGCUCGGACGACGACUUCUUCACCAUGGGACCAAACACCAACGCCACUACCGCCGUCAACAUCGAUGGCAUAGGAGAGCUCAACUACCAACGUGCCGUCGACAUCGCUCGCAACAGCGAAGGAGAGCUUGAUGCACGAGUAUCAGCCUAUCUCGAGACUGCCAUAUCAGACAUCUGGACACGCAUCAACAUCUCGCCCGACUCCUACUUGAUGACCCAGGAUGAAUUCGCCGUCUUCAACUUCUACCGAGCGCGAUUCAAGGGCGAAGUCGCAGAAACAGCCGUCGCUCGCUACUGGACCCAUACUUACGGCUCGGCGUCCGCUGCAAUCUAAAAGUCCCUUCGACUUGACAGCACGACAGCUCCCUUGACGAUGACCGACACCCGGCGAACCACUCUUCCUAUCACACCUCGUCAACGCGAUGCAGCCCAACAAAUUGCUUCGGAAGAAGGCCGAUGCAUUUCAAGACAGUCUGCAUCCUGCUACACGGAAUGCACAGCAGGAACCCCUGCUCCCGAGCCGAGGAUGCAUCAAGAAGACCGGGCCGAAAUCCAUUCAAAGUCACUUUGUUCAAGACACAGCAGACACUCAUUUUUGACCUCGAAUCUCAUCAACGAUAUAUGCUCGGCGUGUUUCAACGUCACCCUCACGGCAGCAUAUUUCACAGCCGACGAUUCACUAGUCGCAGCCGAUCUGGUCGUCCCAAUAUCCAACAGGACUGGCAAUCAAGGCCAGGCGAGUGUUUUCCAAUUCCCGCAGGACACGGCCUCGAACACCGUGACGCUGUCACGAAACAUUGUGAAGGCGAUCUUCACGAUUGCAGCUACAGGGCAGAGUGUGGAAGAGUUUUGGUUCGGCAACGCUUUGCAAUCUGACAUCUACACCUUCAACGAAACCUAUGGCGACUUGCCUGGGUUUUCGCCAUUUCGUGAGGUUCAAGUCUUCAUCGACGGACAGCUCGCUGGAGUGGUCUGGCCCUUUCCCAUCAUCUUCACUGGUGGUGUCGUCCCUGGUCUUUGGCGCCCAGUCGUUGGCAUAGACGCGUUCGAUCUUAAAGAGGAUGAGAUAGAUAUCACACCAUGGUUGCCAUUGCUGUGCGAUGGCAACCCGCACAACUUUGGUCUGGCGGUCUCUGGGUUGAACGAUAGCUCGGGAGGCCAAGCUAUUCUUUCUGAGACUACCGAUCAAUACUGGCUACUCAGCGGCAAGAUCUUUGUAUAGCUUGACGAGGCCGGCCACAUCACGACUGGGAGUGAUGUGCAAGUCAACACACAAGCUCCUGAGUUCAAAGUCUCGUCGCACCUCUCACAGCUCAGCAAUGGCACUAACGAGACUUUGGUCUACCACGUGUCGGCUCAACGAGAGUUGUUCAUCAGCGCGACGGUCAACUUCUCUUCGGGCUCACAAGACACUUACUGGAGCCAGAGCCUUUCUUAUUCGAACAGCAACAACUACACCGGUCAGGGCAAUAUCUCUACUACUUUACAAGAUACCUCAGGUCGCGACCACAAGCAUUCGGGAAGCGACCAGGGCGCUUCGCUUUCUACGUGGCAGAACGGCACGGCGCAUUACACUUCGAACAGUACGCAAAAGACGUGUUGCACUUUCGGGACCACUGAGCAAAGCAUGUCUUUUCCUGGGACCCAUGUGAGCUUCGAUAGAGCUCAGCGAAGCUUUCCGAAGUUCACGCAGUCUGAUGAGCUAUUCCAGCGAUAUGUAUUGGCUGUCGACGGUACAAUCAUCGAGGACCAAGAAACUCUGAUUGGGAAAAGCAUUACGCAUGACCACACCUGGCCCGAGGAUGGUCGUGGAGUCCUUCUAUCUGGUAUGCCAGGUAGAGGAGCGUGCAUUUCACGGAAUGGUAAUAGGCACCUGGAGGCUGUCAUGGAGGAAAACGUUAAGCGCGGAUUAUGUUCGGUGAAAUCCUCCGUGUCUCGGUCUACGGCAUUAUGCUGAGUCCGGAGAGCAGAAAUGUAAUAAUUACGAGAUGACUGCAAAGCAAUGGCGCUC